CCCAGUCAACAAAUUUUAAGCUCACAAAAGUGCCGGUAAUUGUCUAGACAAAUCCUUCAUUUUCCUUUGAAUUUUCACUCAGAACGCAAGUAAAGCUAAAUUCCAGAAAAAUGUCGACCUGGACGCCUCUUGAAUCCAACCCCGAGGUUCUGACCAAGUACAUACAUAAACUGGGCGUGUCCCCGGCCUGGUCGGUAACUGACGUCAUCGGUUUGGAGGAGGACACUUUGGAAUGGAUUCCGCGUCCCGUGAAGGCGUUCAUUUUGCUCUUCCCAUGCAGCGAAUCUUAUGAGAAACACCGCGCCGAGGAGCACGAACGUAUUAAGGAGGUGCAGGAGCAGCAUCCCGCCGAUCUCUUCUACAUGCGCCAGUUCACCCACAACGCCUGCGGCACCGUGGCCCUGAUCCACAGCGUGGCCAACAACAAAGAAGUUGACAUUGACAGCGGUGUACUGAAGAGCUUCCUGGAGAAGACAGCCUCGCUUUCGCCGGAGGAGCGUGGCAAGGCCUUGGAGACCGACCAGGAAUUCACCGCAGACCAUCAGGCUCUGGCCCAAGAGGGUCAGACUAAUGCCGCCGAGCACGAGACGGUGAUCCAUCACUUCAUCGCCCUGGUGAACAAGGAGGGCACUCUGUACGAGCUGGACGGGCGCAAAUCCUUCCCGAUUAAGCAUGGACCGACUUCGGAGGAGACCUUCGUCAAGGAUGCGGCCAAGGUGUGCAAGGAGUUCAUGUCCCGUGAUCCCGACGAAGUGCGCUUCACCGUUCUGGCUCUGACUGCUGCCCAGGAUUAGGCUGGAACUAAUCUCAUAGCUAACAUACCACCAAGAUCCGCCGAUCUGCCAGAAUAUACAUUUAUUUACCCACACUAUAUUUAAGCCGGCUGCAAAAGGCGAACGAAGCCCCGCCUUUCAGUCGGCAAACAGUUUACGCAUAUUUAUUUUGCCUUGAGCCAAAGCCACAAAUGUAUUGGGAACACUGAGAUUGUUAUUAAAGAGUGCACUCGAGCUUGAUGCUAAGCUUAUAAUGAAAA